AUGUGAGCUGCCUAUAAAGGGUUAACGGGUCUAGUGGGAAGAGAGUUUCAGAGUAGGAAGAGCUGAGGAUUUAAAAUAUAUCGAGUUUGUGUUCUCUGAGUUGGCCAAAACAUGAAGUUCUCCAUCUCUUGCCUUCUGCUAAUUCUGUCGUCCCUUCUCUUGUUGUCCCAGAACAGCUAUGCAAGAAAAGACUCUGGAGGGUACUGGAAGAGUGCGAUGAAUGACCAGCCCAUGCCAGAAGCCAUUAAGGGCCUGUUUGUCCAUCACGAACAAGAAGAUCAAGUGCCGUCGAAAGAAAAGAGCCAUUUUGUUAGGGACUUUGACAUGAGGCCUAAUGUUAUAAUAUACCAUGGCGCUAAUCAUCAUCAUCAGGAUCAGCCUGCAAAAAAGAAGCCCUUUUUCCAGGAAACAUCUUACAUACAGACAGUCAACCAUGGCUGAAUCAGAUUUAGGAUGAUGAUGAUUUUCAUGUGUCAUCUAUAUAUUAGACCAAGUUUGAAAUAAAAAUAGAUGAUCUCUCUCUC